AUGAGGAAGCUGAAAUUCCCGCUGCUGUUUUUGUUGGUGCUUCCGUUUUGUAAGGGGGGUAGGUACAGGCGGUUCAUAGAAUGGGGAGCAGACCUCGCCCCUGGGUCAUUUUGCUCUUCACGGCAAUCGUCUCCGUGUUGUUCCGGGAGAGACGACAACUGCACGGUGGAGAUUCUUGGGAGUCUUUGCUAUUGUGACGUGUUCUGUAACAGGGCAUCUAACGACUGUUGUCCAGAUUAUGCUAGCACCUGUCAGGGAAUCGCACCCCCCGUCACUAAAGCGGGAUGUGUAUUUGAUGGUAAGGAGUACAAACCCAGCGAAGUCAUCAGGGAUAACUGCAAUGUUUGCACGUGUUCACGGGUACAGUUAUUUCGCUACGACUGGGUGUGUUCAAACAAUUCCUGUCUGAUCGACUUGGAACGAUUUAACAAAACAGCACAAAACUUAGGAUGGAAAACUGCAAACUACACUCGUUUCUGGAAUAAAACUUUCACUGAUGGAAUCAAAGAAAAUGUUGGCAUAGCAACCGAAAGCAAAGCUCAAAACAUGUCUUCGCUUCAGAAUAAAGUACAGAAUGAUCUCCCGGCCUUCUUUGACUCUAGGAAAAAGUGGAAGUCAUGGAUACAUCCGGUUCGUGAUCAACGAAACUGUGCAUCUUCCUGGGCGUUCUCCACAGUAGACGUUGCGGCAGACAGAUUGGCGAUUGAAUCCAAAGGAUUACUGACCAAUCAGCUUUCGCCUCAGCAUCUUUUGUCAUGUGACACAAGGCGGAAACAGAGAGGGUGCGAAGGAGGGUCUACAGAAAAGGCUUGGUGGUUCAUUAAACGAAAAGGAAUCAUGACUGAGGAAUGUUAUCCUUAUAACGUCACUCAAUCGAACACUGCUGCCAACAAAUGUCUGGACAACAUGGACACAUGUCCGAACACCAACUCUUCCACUUCCAAAAUUGUCCUAUACGUCACACCACCAUACAGAGUUGGGGAAAGUGAAGAAGAAAUUAAAACAGAGAUAUAUAAGAGUGGACCAGUACAAGCUACCUUUCAAGUGUCUGCUGACCUCUUCAUGUAUCGAUCUGGUGUGUACAGACACACAGGGGCGGAUCUUGUACAGAGCAAAUUGGCGGUCAGGAUAAUCGGAUGGGGAGAAGAUAUUGAUAAAAAAGGACGUGUUCGAAAAUACUGGAUAUGCUUGAACAGUUGGGGAACCAAGUGGGGCGAGGAAGGGGCAUUCCGAAUCGUAAGGGGAGAAAAUCACCUAGGCAUCGAAGAAAACAUCUUGGGAGUUCAUGCAGAUAUGAAACGUUCACUAGCAACCCAUCCUAGCGAGGGGAUACGUGAUGAGGGUCUAAUUAACAUAUACAAUCAAAAACAAAUAGUGGUCAUCAAGAGACCACGGCCCACAGCUCGGCCCUAGAAAAGAUAUCAAGGACACCCCUUCCCCGGGGACAUUUAAAAUUAAUUAUACCGAGUCCGCCAAAAUGCUUUUUCUGAUGUUUGAAGUGAUUAAAUGCGUGAUUUCGUGUCUCCUAUGUAUGUAU